AUGUCGAGAUUGCAGGACAAAGUGGCCAUCGUCACCGGCGGCGCCAGAGGGAUCGGCGCCGCCGCCGUGGAGCUAUUCCACCAAGAAGGAGCCAAGGUCGUGAUCGCCGACAUCCAAGACGCCCUCGGCCAGGCCCUCGCCGACAGGCUCCGCGGCGGCGGAACUGACGAUUCCAUCACCUACAUCCACUGCGACGUGUCGAAGGAAGACGACGUGGCACGCCUGGUGGACGCCACGGUGGCCAGGUACGGGAAGCUGGACGUCAUGUACUGCAACGCCGGCAUAUCGGACGGGCGGCCGGGGAGCAUCCUCGACGCCACGCGGGAGCAGCUGGACCGCAUGAUCGGCGUGAACCUGGUGGGCGCGUUUCUCGGAGCGAAGCACGCGGCGAGGGUGAUGAUCCCGAUGAAACGCGGCGGCGGAGGCGGGAGCGUGUUGUUCACGGCGAGCGCGUGCACCGCGAUCGGUGGGCUCGGGAGCCACUGCUACGCGAUGACCAAGUACGGGAUCGUGGGCCUGGCCCGGAACCUGGCGAGCGAGCUGGGCCGGCACGGGGUCCGGGUGAACUGCGUGUCGCCUUCGGGGGUGGUGACGACGGGAGUGGGCGGCGGCGGGAGGGUGAAGAGCGAGGCUGAGGUGGCGGAGGUAGAGGCGUUCUUCAGCGAGGUGGGGAAUCUGAAGGGGAGGAACCUCACGGUUGAUGACGUGGCGAGGGCGGCGUUGUUUCUGGCCAGCGACGAGGCCCGGUACGUGAGCGGGGUUAACCUGUUGGUUGAUGGUGGGUUCAGUACGGUCAACCCGUCCAUGUUGAACGCCAUGCAAAUUGGAUGA